AUGAGUAUCUGCGCCCCUUCCCCCUGGGAGAAGGCCGGGGAUAACCCCAAAUGGUACCCAAAUGCCUCAGACGUUGUUUGGUGUCAGGAGGAAUCGUUGAAUGAUGAACUGUGGUCAUUUGCCAAGAUUCGCAUGGAGACAAUCCUCGAUACGAUGGACCGGCACAAGGGUCGUUGGUUGCUAUUCACGAGUCGUGAAGCAACUCCAACUGUGGCAACUGGGUUUGCCAAAGAGCAUCGCGCGCAGGAGGAGGCAUUAUCAACAUUCAUGAGACGUUGA